AUGGACCCUACAAACACCCAGCAACAAUACGGGAAUACCCGUCAGACGCCCUCUUCCCAGCAUGGCCCUGCUGCCUCAGUUGUAGGGAUUGGUAGUCCCUCUGAUGGACUAGAUGACUUUGAUCUUCAAUUGCGAAAAGAUUGUGCAAUUGGAUCCGUCCCUUUUAGUAUUGGUAAUGGUGGUCUUAACAUGAAUGGUGUUGUUCCAUCUCCUUCACCCACUAUGGCAUGUCCUGCCGCUAUGUUUUCUUCUGUGGCCACAACCAGUAGUGGAUUAUCUGCUCUCAUGAGUAACCCGCAAACACUUCGUUGCAUGGUAGAUGAUUUGGCCCAAGUGAUUUCCCGAUAUCUUUCCACCUAUGUGGAGCCGCAGCCAGAGAAAUUAAGUGAUGAACACAAACGCUAUUUACUUAUGCAGUUUACGGAUGAAUUACAGCGGCAGGGAAUGGCACAGGCCCCUGGAGUGGCGGGAAGUACAGAUGGACGCUGGACUAUUGACAAGGAGGUGCUGCUUUCACUGCGAAAUGGAAAAGAUGGACAGCGGCCAGCAGGAGCGGAGGUGGCGCGGCCCCAUCAUCCAUUCGCCGGGUACUGCGGGGCCAACAGCAUUAGCCCGCGCGUCUCGACACAUCCACCAUGGAUAGGGACCUCACCAAACCCCACUAAUACUAAUACUAAUACUACUACUAACAAUAAUAACAAUAAUAAUAAUACUAAUGCUAAUAACAUUGGUCGUAGUAGUCAUGGUGUGAAUGAAACACAGAACCCCGCGGUGUUAGGCAUGCCCACGUUGGCAAAGCCAUCUCUAACUGUAAUGACACUGAACAAACGCAUAGCUACUGGAGACGUGAUCCGUCCACAACCACAACAUCCACGGAAUGGAGGGAAAGGAACUUUAGAACGUCGGUAUCUCGUGGGAAACACAAAGAAGGUUCUUCGUUCCGCCAGCUCUGCGUUUUCUGAGUGCUCUGCGGGAGAAACAGGAGAGGUCAGCAGCUCCAUGUCGCGUACAACUGUUGGAUUGGCACACUGA